CGUUUUUUUCCCGCUUUUUCACUUGUCUUUUCCGCUUUUUCGUUUCUUCUCAUAAUCGUUUUUUUCUCUUUCUCUCUUUUUCUCUUUUUCACUUUUUCGUUUCUUCUCUUUAUUGUUUUUUUCGCCUUUCCUGUUUUUUCUUGAGGUGGUUUUGAGGUUGACUGAGAAACGAUAUGUAGAGGGAUAGGAAGAUGAAGGGAGUGAACUGGUGAUAGAUAGAUAGAUAGACAGAUCGAUAAUUAAGUAGAGAGAGAGAUAAAGACAUAGAAAAGGAGAGAUAGACAGUAGGGAAAGGGAGGGAGAAAGAAUAACACCCUACGAAGAAUAAGAGAAACGGAGACAAAUAGACAAGGACAGACACAAAGCCAGACAGACAUUUGGAGACAGAUACCCCCCCCCUUAAAAAAAAAGAAAGAAAGAAAAAAAAGACAGAACGACCUCAAGCAUCCAUCAGCGAGGCGAGGCUGCCCGACCGGCCACCGGAAGUCAAUAUCACUCUGGCCUGCAUCACCCUCUCUCUCCUCCUCCUCCUCCUCCUCCCCCGUCGCCGCCGCCGCCGCCGCCGCCGCCUGCGCUUACAGUGUAGUUAAUCCUUUCGUGGCUGGAGGUGCACCUUCGUCAGUGUCUUCGUCGAGAGCUCCCGGGAUGCCUUUCGAGCGGAGGACACGCGAGGAGAAGACGGGGGGCGAGAGGCCAGGUGGAUGCGACUUCGAUUCUGUGCUCGGUUUGUCUGGCUGCGGGAUGAACAACACCUACGGGGCGCAGCAGCACUACUGCCUGCGUUGGAAUAAUCACCAACACAACCUACUCGGGGUGCUUGAGACUGUGCUCACCUCUCAGCAGUAUGCCGACGUGUCACUCUUCUGCGAGGGCCAGGUCCUGCGGGUCCACAAACUGGUGCUCCUGGCAUCCUCGGCCCACUUCGAGCGCAUCCUGCAGGCGUCGCCGGAGGGGCAGCAGCCGGUCAUCAUCAUGGACGGCACGCGCUACGCUGACCUGAGGGCACUGGUCGACUACAUGUACCGUGGCGAGGUCAACAUCGAGCAGGACCAGCUCUCCUCGCUGCUCAAGACGGCCGAGACGCUGAAGAUCAAGGGGCUGGCGGACGUGGCGAGCAAGGAGGAGGACGACGGCGGCGGGAAGGAGCGCCUCCGGGACAACGGCGGCUCGUCCUCGACGCCGCCCCCGGCCAAGAGGCCCAAGCAGUCGCCCGGGGACUCCGCCCUCCCGCCAGGGGGACCCGACGUCCGCGACCACAGAGGGACCAACUCGAGGGAUGGCCUCCGACCCGACCUGCGCGACCUGCGCGACCUCCCCCACUUCAGCAUGGUCCCCAGCGGCUACUCGCGGCGGCCGGCGUCCCCUCCGGCGCCGCCGCUGCCCACCGCCGCCUCGCUCACGCCGGCGCGCUCCCUCCUCUACACGUCCUCGCUCAUGUCCCGCCCGACGUCCAAGAGCCCCGGCCCGCCCCUCCCGGCGCCGCCCUUCUUCCCCAGCGGCCUGGUGAGACCUCUCCCGCACCCGCAGUACGACCCCACGGCGGGCUCCAGCCUCCUGCCGCCGCGCACGUCGCCGCAGUCGCCGGUGCCCGACCCCAAGAUGGUGCAGCAGCUCGGCGUCCCUCCCUUCGGCCUGCCCUUUUCUCUGCCGCUCCUUCAUGAUUCCAAAAAGAUGAUGGAGAGAAACGCCCACAAACUGGCGCCCGCGUCCCACUACGACGCCCACGACGACAAGGACCGCCCGCCGCCCGUGUGGCCUCCGCGGGGCGCCUCCGACCUCGACAUGGAGCGGGAGCGGGAGAGGGAAAGGGAGAGAGAAAGGGAGAGGGAGAGAGAGCGGGAGAAGGAAAGAGAACGCGAAAGGGAAAGAGAGCGCGAGAGAGAAAGAGAGAGAGACAGAGAACUGGAGAGGGAACGGGAGAGGGAGACCCAGCGAUUAUUAGACCGCGAAAGGGAGAGGGAGAGGGAGAAAGAGAGGGAAAGGGAAGGGGAGAAGACCAUUCAUAACGAGAGCCACAACGGCACGGGCGCGAAGGACCCGGAUCGGCGGCAGGAGGACGAGAAGUCCUUCAGUCCCAAGGACAAGGACGACCACUCGCCCUCGGGAGAUUCCGUGAUCAGCAAGACCGAGCUCCUGACCCCCGAGGGUGAUGUGGACGAGGACGACGACAACACCAACACCACCACCACGACCACCACCACCACCACGGGCCGCGACACCACCGCCUCGGAGAUCACCACCACCGGCUCCCGUCAGAGGAACCUGUCCACGUCCUCGUCAGGCAACACGUCAACAGCUGAGUUGGUGAAGUGCCCUUACUGCCCCCGCUCAUACCGCCACCAGAACAACCUGCGGACCCACAUCCGGUGUUUCCACAAGGGCGUGCGGAUCCCGUGCCCGAUCUGCCACCGCGGGUUCACCCGCUGGUUCACGGUUCGCUGCCACAUAGCGCGCGAGCACCAGAACGUGGACUUCUCCCGCCCGGAGGCCCUUCCGGCCCAGCUGCGCCGCGCCCUGUACCCUCCGUAUCCGGAGUAGUGGCCGUCCGUCCCUGAUCACGUCAGACUCCUGCCCCGGCUGCCGCUGCCCACGACGGCGCCGACGACGCAGGGCUCCCCGCCGUCCACGCCGACGCCCCACCGGCCAGACGACGCCCGCUGCCCCCCGCGCAGGAGGGGGGCGGGGUCGGGGGAGCCCGCGGCGAGAGUCCGAGUGACGCGACGCGGCGAAGAGUCUGGGUGAUACUUGGUGCUCUGUGUACAGAACGGCCCCCGAGGCCCCGAUGGUAUCCAUGUGUACAGCUGGCCGAGCACCAGACGACGACGAAGGACCGCCCGGGUGCUCGCCAGCCUCCAGUGUUGUUGGUAUGCUGUAGGCGACGCUAGUGAUAGUCACACUGUGGACUCGCGCUUGGGUCUUUAGCUGUGCUUGUGAAGCACGCUAAACUGUGUUAUGUAUGGUCCAUGGCCGGUGUUCUCGUAGCUUCAAGUGUGCUAAUAUCAUAACCCCAAUACCAUAGUGUAAGCGUGGAGUCGUAUUAUGGACCUUGUUAACUGUAGGUUUUAUUUGAAAUGGUUAUAUUUUAUAGAAGAUUAAUCACGAACCCAAGAAAGGGAAGGUAUGUUUCUUCUGUUCAUAAUCUAGUGAAUGAUUUCUGGUGUGGGUGCCUUAUGCUCAACAAAGCAAGCAUGCACAAGAUGUUUGUAGAUGUACAGUAUUAUUUUUAUAGCUGCCAUCAUUAUCCCUCCAACAAAGCACGAGCGGUCAGAGCCGGGGAAGCAGGGGUCCCUCACAAGGACCUCAGCCCUGAAGUGUGUCAGGGAAACCAAGAGGGCAGGGAGGGACCUGGUUAUCAAUGUUCCUCUUUUGCAAAUGCGGCGUCGAACUUCCUCUGCGAAAGCAAGGCAAGUUUAGCACCUUUUUUUUUCUUUUAUUUUCGUUUUCGUACAGCAGAUGUGUUGUCUGUGUGUUCAUGGGUUUACCUCCCUGCCCUGGGUAUUGCAGGGGACGAAAUACUAUAUAUAUAUGUCUAAAAAAAAAGAGAAAAAAAGAAGAAAACCCUGCAUGAAUUAUAAGAACAAGUUACUCAGGUAUCCACGUUGGGUCAAGCACCCGGUCUUAUCUACCUCAUGUUUCGUAUCCUUCUAGUUGUUAUUGCACCUUUGCUAGCUCACGCGAAGUUUCCUUUCCUGGAGGAAGCUUACUACACGCCUCAUGAUAUAGCAGAUUUUAGUACCCCAUGACUCUGUUGGAGUAUCUUCCAGGUCAAACGUACAAAACUACAGAAACUAUAUUUUCUAGACUCGGAAUCUGGAAUUGCUGACGUGUACCUUAGUCAACUAGGCCUAAUGUAUGACUUGAAUGCUCACGGAUAAAUCAGUACUUAGUCAUAAUGUAAAAGCUGCGGAAUAUUUAUUUAGUGUUGCCGAGUAGAUGCCCCGCAGUCCCGUUGAAGCCAAAGCAAUCUGGAAAA